AUGGUUGCAAGGGACUGGCAAGGGAACGUUCUGAAAGCUUGGGCAAUACCAAACCUUAGCUGCUCAUCUCCAAAACUGGAAGAGUCGAUGGCUUUACGAGCAGCUAUGCUACUGGCAAAACAGCAAGGAUGGACGAAGGUGAUAUUUGAAUCGGAUUGCUUACAGUUGGUGGAAGAAAUCAACAAGGAGCAGACGACUGAGAUAGGAUCAGUGGUGUUAGAUGAUAUUAGGGAACUUAGAACAAAAUUUUAUGAAUGUUGUUUUACUUUUACUCGAAGAGUAGACAACUCUGUUAGUCAUAAACUUGCCAAAUUGGCAAUUAGCUUGAAAGUACAGACUGAAUGGAAGGAUGUCUUCCCAUAUUGGCUGCCUGCGCUGGCGCAAGCAGAUAUUGAGGGCAGUUGCCCAUCCUUUGUGUAA